UAGGAUCUUUCUUGCCGCGAGUGACUGUAAAUGGCGGACGAUACGCAGGAUAAGACGGAAGGUAGACAAAUCGAGAAGGGAUCCACGAAACGCGGGGACCACUCGAAGAAUCCUGUGAUUUCUGACAGAAUUUGCAAAGAAGUCAUCCUACGAGACAAGAAAUUUCGACGCGAUUGGCCCAGAAAGUAUGGACACCUGACCAAUGAAUUUUUCAAACGGGUGCUAGCCGAGGAAUGCAGAAAGAAGGGACUUCCGGCGGACAGCUUCGAACGUAAGCCGCCGGAAGAUGCGAUUAAGCGUUCACCGAUUCCUCUGAAACCGUCACCGUCCAUUCCCAGAACGACAUCCGGGAUGGUGGGCUUUCGAUCAUCUCAUCCGGAAUACAAUCUUGAGUUUACGGGCCGUUGGUACAUAUCACCGAAAUGGACGAUCGAACCACCCAUAGAACCCGGUGAAUUUCGCGUCACGCAGCAAAGGUUCAUCUUUCUAGGUUGAACAAGAUUUAUGGGACUAGUACAAAGUAAUGUA